AUGAAGCAAUAUUUGCUGAAGCGAGAGACGAUGUUUGGGCAGGGGACGCGCCUGGAUCCCUCAGACCAUCUCAUCAUCGUCCAUGUGGGGAAGGGCGGUGAGAAGGAACGAUGGAAGAUGGGCGGUCCCCUCAUCCCUGACCUGGAGACCUGCCUGGAGUCCUUCCCUCACACGAUUGAGGACUUGGCGGGCAGUAUCCAGGGCAACAUCCGGGAGUUCCUGGACAGGGCCAAGAUUGACAUCGUAGUUUUUGGCAAUCGGUACCCACAGUCGGUCCUGAAGGCCCUGUCCCUGGUGUCGGUGCGGGACUGGGUCAAGCAGCAUGUCAACACGCCCUACAUCAUCAUCCGGCCGGAGGCAGUGCGCAACGUUCGUAUGCGCUUCGGCAGCGGCCCGGAAACGAGCGCGGAGUCGGUGGUCUCGCCCGGGGGCACUUUUCCCCCGCCACGCCGCAUUGCCAUUGCCUAUCCCACGCUGGCCAUAGGGCGAGCCUUGCUCCAAAUGGCUCGCGAGAGGGUGCUGCAGCCCUCGGACACCAUCGACAUCGUGCAUGUCUUCCCCAGGGACGACGCCGACAACCCCAUGAAGGAGGUAAUGAAGGGGACGCUCAAGCUGAUGCGGGCAAUGACCCUGCAGAAGGCGGGGUCAAAUGAGGUGUCCGAGCUGGACUCCAUCAACUUUGGGGCCUCGGAGCUGGAGGGCUUCAAUGUCAACCUGAAUGUCAUCCUGAAGGCACGCGGGAAAUCCCAGCUGAGCCAGUACCUGGAGACGGAAAAGAUCGAGCUGCUCAUCAUCGGCGCGCGCUCCUCCAACGCCCUCCAGAAGACGCUGUCCGGCGGGUCCACCUCCAGCCACCUGAUAGACAAUGGUGCCUGCCCCGUCAUGGUCAUCCCCUAUGUCGCCAUGGGCAUCACCGAGGAGGACGAAGGCUAUGGCAGCCCAGACGCGUCCUGCCCCACCAUGCCCCUCUCCCCCAGCUAUGCUGCGCCCACCGGGCAACGCUCUGAGAUAGCCCGGCAGUCUUUCCAGGUGCAGCAGCAGGCGGUGAGCGACGUGGUAAUGCGGCUGCAGCAGCAGUUGCUGGAACGGGACCGCACCAUCGCCGAGCUGAGGAGUCAGCUGGCAGCGCUGCAGGAGGCACAGCGGACGACGUGA